GGGUCGGCAUGACGCCAGCGGGGGCGGGGCGGGCGGCCAGGUCCAGCCACGUGCUGUUGUUUCCGUGUCUGGGCGAUCACGUGAGCGGCGUCAGCUGACCCGUCACGGUGGAGUCUGGCACUGGCGCCCAGCAGCGCCAACCCCGCCGCGCCCCAGCGCAGGACCCAGAGGAGGGGUAAGCGCGCCCCCGCCCUGCCCUCCUGUGUCUGCCGCCGGCCCCAGCCCCCAGCGCCCAGCGCCCCAGCCCUGUCCCCAACCCCUCCCAGCACACCUGCUGGGCACCCCGGAAGCGGUCGCGAGGUGGGCCGGAGCUGGGCUUAGCCCCGCCCGCGCUGCCCCCAGGUGGCCUGGAGGGGAUGGCCCUGGGGUGCGCCGAGCGGGAAGUCCCUGCUCCCCCGCGGGCCCAGGGCUGGUCGCCGCCCCCGAGUCGUGACAUGGAGGAGCUGCUGCAGAGCGUGGAGAGGGACCUGAACAUCGAUGCCGGGCAGCUGGCCCCGGCCUCGGGGGGCACCCACGUGGUGGCUCUCGUGCCCUCACGUUGGGUGGCCGGCCUCCGAGAGCGCCGGCUGCCCCCGGGACCCUGCCCCCGGGCAGAAGGUCUGGGCGAAGCGGAAGUGAGGACUCUCUUGCAGCGCUCAGUGCAGAGGCUGCCUCCCGGCUGGACACGCGUGGAGGUACACGGGCUGCGCAAACGGAGGCUGGCCUACCCUCUGGCCGGCGGCCUGCCCUUUGAGGAGGGGGCCUGCUGCCCUGAGACCCUCACUCGCUUCAUGCAGGAUGUGGCUACCCAGAAUUACAGGAACUUGUGGCACCGCGCAUAUCGUACUUACGGGCAACCCUAUAGUCACAGCCCUCCUCCCGCAGCUGUCCCUGCCCUGGACGCUGUACGACAGGCUCUGCAGAGGGUCUAUGGUUGCUCCUUCCUGCCUGUGGGUGAAGCGUCCCAGUGCUCGUCACAUGCCCGAGAUGGGCCCUGUCCCUCUCGGGGCAGCCAGGCUUGUCACAGUCUUUUGCGGGCAGAGGCCCUGCUGGAGUCUCCUGAGAUGCUAUAUGUGGUGCAUCCUUAUGUGCAGUUCUCCUUGCAUGAUGUGGUUACCUUCAGCCCUGCCAAGCUAACCAACAGCCAAGCCAAGGUGCUCUUCAUUCUUUUCCGUGUGCUGAGGGCCAUGGACGCCUGUCACCGCCAGGGCCUGGCCUGUGGGGCCCUGUCUUUGCACCACAUUGCAGUGGAUGAAAAACUCUGUAGUGAGCUCCGGUUGGACCUGAGUGCCUACGAGAAGCCGGAGGAAGAUGAGCGUGAGGAGAUCCUUGUGGCAAGGGAUGGGGCAGGUGCUAAGCCUUCGGAGGCUGGAGGAGAGCGAGCUGGGUGUCCCACCUGCCAGCAGGAACUUCGGGGCCUUGUGCUUGACUGGGUCCACGGCCGCAUCAGCAACUUCUACUACCUCAUGCAGCUGAAUCGCUUGGCUGGUCGGCGGGACGGGGACCCCAACUACCACCCUGUGCUGCCGUGGGUGGUGGACUUCACCACACCUCACGGGCGCUUCCGGGAUCUGCGCAAAUCCAAGUUCCGCCUCAAUAAGGGGGACAAGCAGUUGGACUUCACCUACGAGAUGACUCGGCAGGCAUUUGUGGCAGGUGGCGCAGGUGGUGGUGAGCCACCUCAUGUCCCUCACCACAUCUCAGAUGUGCUCUCCGACAUCACCUACUACGUGUACAAAGCCCGGCGCACACCCCGCUCGGUGCUCUGUGGCCACGUUCGGUCACAGUGGGAGCCCCAUGAGUAUCCCGCCAGCAUGGAGCGGAUGCAGAGCUGGACACCCGAUGAGUGCAUCCCUGAGUUCUACACUGACCCCUCUAUCUUCUGCUCCAUCCACCCUGACAUGCCAGACCUGGAUGUGCCAGCCUGGUGCAGUUCCAGCCAAGAGUUUGUGGCUGCCCACCGGGCACUGCUGGAGAGCAGAGAGGUGUCCCAGGACCUGCACCAUUGGAUCGACCUCACCUUUGGCUACAAACUCCAGGGCAAGGAGGCAGUGAAGGAGAAGAAUGUGUGUCUGCACCUAGUGGAUGCCCACACGCACUUGACCAGCUAUGGCGUGGUGCAACUCUUUGACCAGCCGCACCCUCAACGCCUGGUGGCGGCUCCUUCCCUAGCCCCUGAACCUCCAUUUAUCCCCAGGCUGUUGUUCCAGACCAUCCAGGAGAGCACAGGCCAGGAGGAUUUCCCAGCACAGCUUUUAAAUGGGGUCAGCAGGCUGGUUUUGGAAGCAACUCUGUGCGAGGCUGGCUGGACCCGAGAUAGGCCUGUGACUGGAGAAGAUGACCUGGAGCAGGCCACAGAGGCUCUGGAUUCCAUCUCCCUCUCAGGGAAAGCAGGUGACCAGCUGGGGUCCUCCUCCCCCUCCUCUUCCUGCCAAGCCACCCCAGGCCUCUUGUCUUUUUCAGUGUCCUCAACCUCUCGACCAGGCCGCAGGAACAAAGCUGUUGGAGCAGACUUCGGGGAAGGUGAGGAGGGGAAGAUUCUUCUUCCUGAGGCCUUCAGUCCUGUUCAGGCACUUGAGGAUCUGGAGAAACUAGGCCACUUCCUGACGAAAGGCCUAGGGGGCCCUUUGGAGGUACCUGAACAGCCCCAGGCCCAACCCCCAGUACAGCUGCAAGACCUCUUCCACCGGGACAUGCAGGCCCUGGGUGUCUUGCUGGCAGAGAUGGUAUUUGUCACCAGGGUCCGAACACUGCAGCCCGAGGCCCCUUUGUGGGUGCGCUUCGAGGCUGUUCGGGGGCUCUGCACACGUCACCCCAAGGAGGUGCCUGUGUCUUUGCAGCCUGUGCUGGACACACUUCUGCGGUUGAGUGGACCUGAAAGCCCCACCAUGGUGGGAAGCAGGGGCAAUCUGGAAGCUCUGUUUGAGUACAGACCUGUUGCCCAGGGCCUGCCCCCACCCUCUCCAGCCCAGCUCCUCAGCCCCUUCAGUUCUGUGGUUCCCUUCCCUCCAUACUUCCCAGCACUGCACAAGUUCAUUCUCCUGUACCAGGCCAGGCGGGUGGAGGAUGAGGCUCAGGGGCGGGAGCUUGUCUUCACUCUGUGGCAGCAACUGGGGGCUGUGCUGAAUGACAUCACCCCAGAGGGCCUGGAGAUCCUGCUGCCCUUUGUGCUCUCACUCAUGUCUGAGGAACACACAGCAGUGUACACAGCCUGGUACCUAUUUGAACCUGUUGCCAAGGCUCUGGGCCCCAAAAAUGCUAAUAAAUACCUUCUGAAGCCUCUCAUUGGAGCCUACGAGAGCCCUUGCCGGCUUCAUGGCCGAUUCUAUCUAUACACUGACUGUUUUGUGGCCCAGCUGAUGGUGCGGCUGGGCCUGCAGCCCUUCCUCAUCCAUCUGCUGCCCCAUGUCUUGCAAGUGCUGGCUGGAGUGGAAACUUCCCAGGAGGAGAGCAAGGGCCUGGUGGGGGCUGCUGAGGAUGAGGAAAGUGGACUCCCAGGAGCCAGACCCAGUUCAUGUGCCUUUGGGGAAGAGAUUCAGAUGGACGGGGAGCCUGCUGCCUCCUCAGGCCUGGGGCUCCCAGACUACACAUCAGGAGUCAGCUUCCAUGAUCAGGCUGACAUCCCUGAGACAGAAGACUUCCAAGCGGGCCUCUAUGUGGCUGAGUCUUCGCAGCCCCAGGAAGCCGAGGCUGUGAGUCUGGGCCGGUUGAGUGACAAGAGUAGCACCAGUGAGACUUCCCUGGGUGAGGAGCGGGCUGCAGAUGAUGGGGGUGCCCCUGUGGACAAGAGCAGCCUCAGGUCAGGGGACAGCAGUCAGGACUUGAAGCAGAGUGAGGGAUCCGAGGAGGAAGAGGAGGAAGAAGAGUGCAUUGUGUUGGAGGAGGAGGAGGGAGAGGGGGAGCAAGAUGAUACCACUGGGGUGUCUGAGCUCACUCUGUCAGACACGGUGCUGUCCAUGGACACUGUGGUGGCUUCUGGUGGCGGAGCAGACCAGGAGGAAGAGGAGGAGCCACUAACGGAACAGUCGGAGGGCAAAGAACAGAAGAUCCUUCUUGAUACUGCCUGCAAAAUGGUCCGCUGGCUCUCCGCCAAGCUCGGCCCCACGGUGGCCUCACGUCACGUGGCCCGGAACCUGCUACGCUUGUUGACAUCUUGUUAUGUUGGACCAUCUCGGCAGCAGUUCACGGUGAGCAGCGGUGAGAGUCCCCCCCUGAGCACCGGCAACAUCUACCAGAAGAGACCUGUCCUGGGUGAUGUGGUGUCAGGACCUGUGCUCAGCUGCCUGCUUCACCUCGCCCAUCUGUAUGGGGAGCCCGUCCUCACCUACCAGUACCUGCCCUACAUCAGCUACCUGGUGGCUCUGGGUGGCACUUCCAGCCCCAGCCGACUGAAUAGCCGGAAGGAGGCAGGGCUGCUGGCGGCUGUGACUCUGACCCAGAAGAUCAUCGUGUACCUCUCAGAUACCACCCUCAUGGACAUCCUGCCACGUAUCAGCCAUGAGGUCUUGCUGCCUGUGCUCAGCUUCCUCACUUCCCUUGUCACAGGCUUCCCCAGUGGGGCCCAAGCCCGGACAGUCUUGUGUGUGAAGACCAUCAGCCUCAUCGCCCUGAUCUGCCUGCGCAUCGGACAGGAGAUGGUCCAGCAGCACCUGAGUGAGCCCGUAGCCACCUUCUUUCAGGUCUUCUCUCAGCUGCAUGAGCUUCGGCAGCAGGAUCUGAAGCUGGAUCCCAUGGGCCGUGGAGAGGGCCAGCUGCCAGAGGUGACCUUCUCUGACGGUCAGCAGCGGCUGGUGGAUCCUACCCUCCUGGAAGAGCUGCAGAAGGUGUUCACCUUGGAGAUGGCAUACACAAUCUACGUGCCCUUCUCCUGCCUGUUGGGUGACAUCAUCCGAAAAAUCAUCCCUAAUCACGAGUUGGUCGGGGAGUUGGCAGGACUGUACUUGGAGAGCAUCAGUCCCUGUGGUCGCAACCCUGCCAACCUGGAACCCACCAUGCCCAGCACUGUCCCUGAGUGGGACCCCCAAGCUGUGGGCUGCACCCAGGAUGAUGGACACUCAGGGACCUUUGGGAGUGUCCUGGUGGGGAACCGUAUCCAGAUUCCCGAUGAUUCUCAGCCCAAGAGCCCCGGUCCCUUGGACCCCAGCUCUGGGGUGGGCAUCAGGUGCUUCAGCAGUGAGAGUGAAGACAAUGCACUGAAACGGGAGCUGCCCCGGAGCGCCCACGGGCUGAGCGGGAACUGGCUGGCGUACUGGCAGUAUGAGAUUGGCGUGAGCCAGCAGGACGCUCACUUUCACUUCCACCAGAUCCGCCUGCAGAGCUUCCCGGGCCACUCGGGGGCUGUCAAGUGUGUGGCUCCCCUGAGCAGCGAGGACUUUUUCCUGAGUGGCAGCAAGGACCGCACUGUUCGUCUCUGGCCCCUCUACAACUCUGGGGACGGCACUAGUGAGAUGGCACCUCGCCUCACCUACGCCCAGCACCGCAAGAGCGUCUUCUUCGUGGGCCAGCUUGAGGCCCCCCAGUGUGUGGUGAGCUGUGACGGGGCUGUGCACGUCUGGGACCCCUUCACAGGGAAGACCAUUCGCACAGUGGAGCCAUUGGACAGCCGGGUGCCCCUAACUGCUGUGGCUGUCAUGCCAGCCCCCCACACCAGCAUCACCAUGGCCAGCUCUGACUCCACCCUGCGCUUUGUGGACUGCAGGAAACCUGGCCUUCAGCACGAGUUCCGCCUGGGCGGCGGGCUGAAUCCUGGCCUUGUCCGUUCCCUGGCUGUCAGCCCCAGUGGCCGCAGUGUUGUGGCUGGCUUCUCCUCGGGCUUCAUGGUGCUUCUGGACACCCGUACAGGCCUGGUUCUUCGAGGCUGGCCGGCUCAUGAGGGGGACAUCUUGCAGAUUAAGGCGGUGGAGGGCAGUGUCCUGGUCAGCUCUUCCUCUGACCACUCCCUGACAGUCUGGAAGGAACUGGAACAGAAGCCCACACACCACUACAAGUCAGCCUCUGACCCCAUCCACACCUUCGAUCUGUACGGCAGCGAGGUGGUCACCGGCACUGUUGCCAACAAGAUCGGUGUCUGCUCCCUGCUUGAGCCACCCUCCCAGGCUACCACCAAGCUGAGCUCGGAGAACUUCCGGGGCACACUCACCAGCCUGGCCUUGCUGCCCACCAAGCGUCACCUCCUGCUGGGCUCAGACAACGGGGUCGUCCGCCUCUUAGCCUAAGCUUGGGCUGAGGGUAGCCAGUGAGGGCGGUCAGGCAUCCCCCAGGAGUUCUUUUUCCCUUGCUUCCCAGUAGGCCCUUCAGGGUAAGCCUCAGCCCCACCACCUAUGAACCCACAUGGCCUGCCAACAAGGCUGGCCUAGGAGUCUGGGAUUCUGAGCCCUAGAACUCUCAGAAGGGGUCAAGGAUGCCAGGAGGGGUCUCAUUCAUAUCUUGGGGCUCUGCUUCUAGAAAGCAGGAAGUGAGAGCGUGCAUGGGAAGGUACUACUGCCCUUUCCUCCCUAUUCUGCCCUGCAGGUCCACACGGGCAGGGAAGCUCCCAGAAGGGGAAGGGAGACCAGCCCUGCCCAGCCAGUCUCCAGCCAAGGCCCGUCUGCUCCUGCUAGGUUCCUUCUGACCAUGUCCUGCAAGGAUAGGGAUGCUGCCUCAGUCCAGGACACUCAUGGUGCUUGGACUCCAGCCUCUUGGGAGGGUUGGCCAUGGUCCAGGAGUUAAAAAACCUCAGACUGGGGUUUAAGUGUCCACCCAGCCAGGCCCUGCCCAGUGUGGGACUAGGGGAAAUAAAAGGACAGGAUAAGGGGAGGGAUGAUAGACUGGGCCAUCUGGUACCAGCCAGGAGUCACCCCAUGCCUUGUCUGCCCACCUCUAACCACAGUGUUUGUGCCUUGUGUUGAGGAGGCAGCCCCUGGGCCCUGCACACCUGGAAAGCAGCCUAAGACCUUGAGAGAAGGGGCAAGAAGAGCCAUUUCCACAUCUCAGGUCUCUCAGACAGGAAGACCCAGGCCUCCCCGGGUCGUCACAUUCUGGAGCAGAGAUGAGGUCUCAGACUAGGCCCAUGUUGCCUCCUCACUAUUUGCAAUAGCUGUAAAUAUGACCAAUAAAUCCUUUGGAAGAAGCAUGGAA